AUGUAUCUAGUCUUUUGGUCGUUCUUUGCAUUGAUUUGUGUUGUGUUGGAUUUCGUCCAAGCAAUACCUUCUUGCGAUGACGCAUGUCUGUUUGAUACGAUUCUCAGACCACGUUUAUCUACAAAUGCUUCAAUAGUCCAUAGUUCCUCUGCCGCUCCAAGAUGGAGCGAGUUCAACCCACCUCAAACGGGAACAGUUGUAAAUGUCGCUACGGAACAUGAUGUUCUUCUAACUGUAGGUUGAUUUCACUGGACUAGCUGUCCAAACUGGCCAGAUUUUAACACAUGCUAGGUUCAAUAUUGUAUCGCCGCCGACAUUCCGUUUUUUGCACAAUCGGGUGGAGUCGGCUGGGCGAAUACUUUUAGCUUGGGGAAAACAGGAACGACAAUCAACCUGCGAGGACUCAACGAAGUCACUUUCAACGAAAAACGGACUGAAGUUACUGUUCAAGAAGGUACAAUCAUCGAAGAGUUCAUCAAUGCCGCAUACCAGAAUCACGCAAGAGUUGCUACAGGCAACUGUAACUGUGUGGGGGUGAUGGGUGCAGCACUUGGCGCAGGCGUUCGCCGACUGAUGGGUCUCUAUGGUCUCACAAUCGACAAUCUUAUAUCCAUGAACAUCGUCGCCGCUGAUGGAAAAGCAAAAGUCGUUACCCCUGAAAACGAUCCUGACCUUUGA